CGGAGCGCUUUUAGAAACUGCAGUCAGCCGACUCUUUAAGAACAAGAGUUGUUCAGCACUGAAGCAAGGAUUUAUCAGGACUGUAUCUUCACUGGGAUUAAACUUUUCACCCGGGCCCUAAAAAAGAGAUGGAUCCAAACUUAAACUAGUAACGUUAUUUUUUCUGAGUUUGUACUUUAAGUCAUUUUCCCCCACAUAUACACCGUUAUUAGUUAUUCUGCAGUAGAGUUUAAUUCUAUGGUGUAUUUAAGUUAUCUCCUGGAGAAAUCUGUUCUAUCUGGCAACCCCAGACAGGGCGCAGUGAUUUCGCAGAGACUACAGUAGUUUUAGAAAACAGAGUCGCCGUGACAGUAAACUCGUAAAGACGCGACUGAAGCAGCUCGGACAGAAGAAGCAUGCUUGGGCGGAGCAAGAAAGCAGCGGAGUCGCAGAACGAACAGCCCAAAGCCGAGUCGAAGAGCUCGGAUCCUCUGAGGAGACUCGACCUGCUGGAAGAUGAGGACGUGCGUGUGAUGCUGAAGGGUUCCAGGAUGGUGAAGGUGCGCUCCCCACGCUGGCAGAAACACCGCAGCUUCCGGCUACUGGAGGACUGUGUGACUGUGUGGUGUGAGUCCAGCAAGACCCUCCACAAUGACAAGAGACGCCAGUUAUUCUGUGUGACGGAGGUGGAGUGCGUGAGGGAAGGCUGCCAGUCGGAGUGCCUGCGUCGGGUUGCCGAUUCCGUUCCCGAUUCUCAGUGCUUCACGCUGGUGUUUCGUGGAGGGAGGAAGAGUCUGGACCUGUGCUGCUCAUCACGUGAGGAGGCACAAUGCUGGGUCCGUGGCAUCCGAACUCUCAAAGAUCGUGUCUCCAACAUGAGCCAGAAGGAGAAGCUCAAUCAUUGGAUUCAAAGCUAUCUGAGACGAGCCGAUCUGAACCAGGAUGGAAAGAUGAGCUAUGAUGAGGUCCAGCACCUGCUUCAGAUGAUCAAUAUAGACCUGAAUGAGCAAUAUGCACGCACACUCUUCAAGAAGUGUGACCGCUCCCAUGAUAACCGCUUGGACCCUGCAGAGAUUGAGGAGUUUUGUCGGGAGCUCAUGCGACGACCUGAGCUGGACUCUGUGUUUCGACAUUACUCCAGUAACGGCUGUGUGCUCUCUACGCUGGAGCUGCGGGACUUCCUGGGUGAUCAGGGCGAGGGUGCCACGUUGGGCCAUGCACAAAAACUCAUCAAAACCUAUGAAUUCAACGACUGGGCCCAGAAGAACCUGUUCAUGACUCAGAACGGCUUCACCAUGUACAUGCUGUCGAAUGAAAAUGACUUGUUCAAUCCUGAUCACACUGGUGUGUACCAGGACAUGACGCGGCCGCUGGCCCACUACUACAUCUCCUCCUCUCACAAUACCUACCUUAGUAAAGACCAGGUUACAGGAGAGAGCAGCACAGAGCCUUAUAUCAGGGCUUUGAAUCAGGGCUGCCGUUGUGUUGAAUUGGACUGCUGGGACGGUGAUAAAGGCGAGCCUAUGAUCUUCCAUGGACACACACUCACUUCUAAAGUAGCUUUUAAGGAGGUCAUUGAAACUAUUGCUCAAUAUGCCUUCAAGGUGUCUCCAUAUCCUCUGAUCUUGUCUCUAGAGAAUCAUUGCUCUGUGGAGCAGCAGGCCGUCAUGGCUCAGCACCUGCGCUCUAUCCUGGGUUCAGCGCUACUCUCCAAACCCCUCAGCGAACAGACACUCAAUCAGCUGCCGUCACCAGAGGAGCUGAAAGGCCGAAUCCUGGUGAAGACCAAGAAACUGACUGGUCAGUUGGAAAAGUUAGGCAGCUCGGCCAGCUUCUCCUCGAGCUCAGAUGAGGAGAUCAGGGGCAACAACAAAAGUCCCAGCAAGAAGCAGUCUGGGAAGCCAGUUAGCUCUUCUAAGGUCAGUCCAGAGCUGUCUGAGCUGGUGGUGUACUGCUGCAGUGUGCCGUUUCCCGGAUUUGAUGCGGCCAGUCAGAGACCCCCAAAUGAGAUGUAUUCUUUCUCUGAGAAUGAUGCACUCAAACACAUCAAAGAAUCAGGAAACCUUUAUGUGAGACACAACAGUAGACAACUGAGCCGGAUUUACCCAUCAGGCCAGAGGCUGCAGUCCUCUAACUACAACCCACAGGACAUGUGGAAUGUAGGAAGUCAGAUGGUGGCUCUAAACUUCCAGACACCAGGGGAGCAGAUGGAUCUGAACCGGGGUCGUUUCCUGCCUAACGGGCAAUGUGGAUACGUGCUGAAACCUGACUUCCUGUGUCAGCCAAAUUCCAACUUCAACCCAGAGAAGACCGGAGGAGGCCCAGGACACAUACCCACUCAACUCACCAUACGGGUGAUUUCUGCCCAGCAGUUACCCAAGAUCAACACAGAGAAGCCCAACUCCAUCGUGGACCCUCAAGUUUGUGUGGAGAUCCAUGGAGUGUCUAUUGAUAAGGCACGUGCCAAAACUCACCGCAUCAGCAACAAUGGUUUUAAUCCACGCUGGGAUUGCACAGUGAGCUUCCAGCUGCAGGUCCCAGAUCUAGCGUUGGUGCGCUUUGUGGUGGAGGAUCAUGAUCACACGAGCAAGAACGACUUUGUUGGGCAGUUCACUUUACCAUUCAACUGUCUACGCACAGGUUACCGUCACGUUCACUUGUUGAAAGCAGAUGGCUCGAGCCUCUCUCCAGCAACGCUUUUCAUCCACGUAAAGGUUACACGUCGAGGAGUCCCCAUUAAAAUUGUGUCAGACCACAUGAGGAAAGUCUGAAACUUUCCAGGCCCCGAGUUGUAGUGAGCCCAGAUUCUCAAGACAAGCCAAGGUGGAUUAAGAGUAGCAGGAGCUGCCUGGCUCCUGAAUCUCCCUUUCAAAGAACCACUUUGAUGGCACACAUGAGCUGUGUAGCAUCCAGACACAUCAUCCCGCAGACUCCGUACUUUGAGUGUUGUUUGGUACAGACACAGCAUCUAAGUAGCCAGGGUUUUCUGACAGGCUUUUAGACUAGAUAUGCUAGCUGUGAUUGACAUAUAUUACUAUGAAGUCUUGUUGUUUUCUGUUUUCCUAGACAAAAGUUUCUGUGUAAGUUUUCAUGAAGAUAAACGCAAUGAUAAUGUCUGACAUUUUUACAUAAUAUUUUUAGCUCAAAGAGUGUUUUUUUAUUCUUGUAAUUUAACAUCUAAUUUUAUUUACAUUCAAAUAAUCUUUAAGUGCCUUAUGUCAGAUAAUGUACUGUUUAAAGGAUGUUUAUUAGUGUUACUAUACAUGCCAUUCGGUAGUAAUAUGUGAUGUAUAGAAUAAGUGGAUGUAAGGAUUCUUGAGCCAAAUGUUGUCAGGCUAAAGACUGAGCUAGAAUGUGGAAAAAAAUGUUAUGGGAAGUUCAAAGGCAGUUAAACAAGAAAUGACCAAAUCUUUUAUGCAAGGAUUUGAUUAUAUGAAGUAAAUAGCACUUUAACACACACAACAACAUUAAAUAUAGAAAAUUAUUUGGAGACACAUAUCCUUUGUGUUGCCUUUAGGGAGAAAGGGACAGAACUAAGCUCAUUUCUGGUCCAGAGAAAUUUAACUAGUUGGCUGAAAUAUUUAUGGCAAGAUUGCAAAACAGUUAUAUUUAUAAAUUGUAUUUAAAAUGACUUACACGUAGGUGUAGAAACUUUGCUAUGAACUUUUUUUUACGUUAUUUUACAUGCUAAGGAAAAAAAUGCUCCGAUCAAACAAUUCCACAAGAGCAAAUUUGAAUUACUGAUUUUUGGUUUUUUCAAUAAUCAUACAUUUUAAAUGAAGACUACAUUUUCCAUGACUGCACUAGUGGGAUUUAACGUAUUGACUGAUUUACCAUCACUGUAAAUUCACCUAUAAAUCCUGCCACCAAAAGUAUGCAAAAUUGAAAUGAAGUUAUGAUUGCAUGUAUGAUGGUUAUUUUUAAUAGAAUUAGGAAUUAUUGCUUUUCUCAUCCCAGAUGGCUUUAACUUAACAGAGAACAAAUCAGAAGUGAUGUUAAAUAUGGACUACUGCAAUUAAUGUAAUUAAAUGUACUAAAACACAA